AUGGACGACCAAAUGGAAGACGACUACGUCCUCGUCUCGGCGCCAAANCCCCCUUGCAUGUCCACAGCUCCAUCUCCAUCCUACACACCACCUCACCUCUCCACCAUAUCAACCUAUAUCGAGCACCUCAGCCCAGAACUCAGAAUCCUCAGCCUUUCCAUCCACGACAACCCCGAGUUGAACUACAAAGAGUACAAAGCCUACGCAUUGUUGGUGAGGUUCUUCGAAGGGCUGGAAGGUUGGGAAGUAGAGGAAAAGGCUUGUGGGAUUGAGACAGCNUUUGUCGCUGUAUUCGACAACAGAAAAAGAGCAAGGGUCAAGAUGGUGCAGNNAGGGUGCAGAGGGNNUGAAGUUGUGAGCUUUAAUGCUGAGUAUGGAAAAGUAGUACUGUUUGGCACACCUGCUGAAGAAGGUAGUUUCCACCACAUCUUCAUCUUGACCCAAGACCAAAAACUGACAAAACUCAAACANGGUGGAGGCGGCAAAAUCAAACUCCUAAACGCAGGAGCAUACACCAAACACAACAUCGGCGUAUCUCUAAUCUCCCACCCAGGAAUAACUCCAGACGCUUCUUUAGUACGCACAUCAGCCUUCUCAGCCUUCAGAGUCGAAUACUUUGGNAAAGAAGCCCAUGCAGCAGCCGCACCUNNUUGGGAAGGCAUCAAUGCUCUAGAUGCAUUGAUAACAGCAUACACAGCCAUUUCUUGCCUGCGCCAACAAACCCAACCGGGAGAUAUUAUACAGGGAUGCAUCACGCAGGGAGGAGUUAAACCUAAUAUCAUUCAUGCAUAUGCUGCUGGUGAUUUCGUGGUUAGGUCGAGUACGAAGGACAGACUUGAUGCGCUGAAGAAGAGAGUUAAUGCGUGUUUUGAGGGUGCUGCCACCGCUACAGGUGCGAAAUUGAAGAUGACGCCACAAUCGAUGUAUCUGGAUCAUGUGCCUAAUAAAGCUCUAGGAAAGAGUUAUGCAAAGCAUUUCGUUGAACUAGGAGGAGAGUUGGCAGCGCCAGAAGUGGAAUUGCUGACUAGUGCUACACAGGCGAGUACUGAUCAAGGUGACAUCAGUCAUGCUCUCCCUUCUCUGAGUCCUGGAUUUUGGAUAAAGAGUGUAGCUGAGGAUGGAAAGCAAGGUGGUGGACCACAUACGCCUGACUUCACUAGAGCUAGUAGGACGAAGGAGGCACACGAUAAAGCGUUGAUGGUUGGAAAGGCUUUGGCUGCUACGGCUGUUGACGUGUUGACAGUAGACGGAUAUCUGAAGGAGAUCAGGAGAGAGUUUGAACAUGGUCACAAGAUUUAA